AUUUCAGACUCUUCUUAUGGCCUCCCAGCAGAGAGACUAUGAGGCCAGCACCUUGAGCUUCCACCAGGAAGAGGAGGAACAGCCGUCUGGCAGAGACUCACCUAAGUGCAGCCUCUGCCCUUGCCUCACCUACAAGGACAAGGACACUGGACCAAGCUCUGGGUUCUAUGCCAGGUCUAUGGUCCUAGGAUGGCUCUGCUGCAGCUGCUUGUCUCUGGAGGCUCUGCACAGCAACACCACCGAAAGAUGCAUGCCCCGCGGUGAACCCCCGAAGCCAGGGAGUAGUGUGGCUUCCACCUCUACAGAGGAGCCUUGCACCCAGCCACACUCCCAAGAUGAUUCGGAGAAUUCAGGAGCCAGGCCUGGCAAGGCCCCACUGUGCUUCGGCUGGGUCAUGGGAGUCAUGAUCCGCUGCAUGCUCCACAUGUGGAGUGUCAUCCUCUAUCUACGGCUGCCUUGGAUCACCGCUCAGGCAGGCAUAGGGCUCACAUGGCUCAUUAUCCUGCUCUCGGCUUCAGUCACUGCUAUCACCGGCAUGUCUAUCUCAGCCAUCUCCACCAACAGCAAAGUCAAGGCUGGUAGCAAGUCCUUCCUGAUCUCACGCAGCCUGGGUCCAGAGCUUGGCGGUUCCAUCGGGAUCAUCUUCGCUUUUGCGAACUCGGUAGCUGUGGCUAUGCACACAGUGGGCUUCGCGGAGACCCUUUUGGAUCUGCUCCGGGACCACAAGGUGCAGCUGCUGAACAUAGAUCCAGAAAAUGAGUUGCAGGUGGUGGGCAUGGUGAUCGUGACCAUCCUUCUGGGCAUGGCACUGGCCAGUGUGGAGUGGGAGUCUAAGGCCCAAAUUAUCUUCUUCUUCUUGAUCCUCCUCUCUUUUAUCAACUACCUGCUGGGGACACUCCUUCCCACAAACCCCAGCCGACAAGCCACUGGCUUCUUUGGGUACCAAGGAAGCAUUUUAUUGGAAAAUAUGGUCCCUCAGUGGUGUGGUCCAGAGGGUAGUUUCUUUGGUAUGUUUUCCAUCUUCUUCUCCUCAGCCACUGGGUUACUCACUGGGACCAAUAUCUCAGAGGAUCUCAAGGAUCCUGCUACAGCUAUCCCCAAAGGAACCCUCCUUGCUAUCAUGUGGACCACACUCUCCUACCUGGGCAUCUCUGCCACCAUUGGCUCCUGUAUGAUUCGAGAUGCUUCAGGAAAUAUGACUGACAUGGGUGUGUGGAAUGGGAGCUGCCUGGGGCCAGAGUGCCAGUAUGGUUGGGAUUUCAGCAGUUGUCGAGAACGAGGGUCCUGCCUCUAUGGGCUCUCUAAUCACUACCAGGCCAUGAGCAUGGUGUCUGCCUUCAGCCCCCUGACGUCUGCUGGAGUCUUCUGUGCCGCACUGUCCUCUGCCCUUUCCUGCUUUGUUUCAGCCCCCAAAGUCUUCCAGUGGCUGUGCCAGGAUAAACUGUAUCCAGUCAUUGGCUUUUUCGGGAAAGGCUAUGGCAAGAAGCAUGAACCUCUGCGAGGCUAUCUGUUCACCUUUCUCAUUGCUGUAGGUUUCAUCCUUACUGGUGAUCUGAACACCAUUGCUGCCAUCAUCUCCAACUUUUACCUCUGCUCCUAUGCCCUUGUUAACUUCGGCUGUUUCCACGCCUCCCUUAGCCAGUCGCCUGGCUGGCGCCCUUCCUUCUGCUGGUAUAGUCCCUGGCUCUCCCUUCUGGGCUCUCUGCUCUGCCUGCUCAUCAUGUUCCUCCUCAACUGGUGGGCAGCACUCAUUGCUGUGUUGCUUAUCCUUCUGCUGCUGUUCUAUGCUUUCCAUAAGAAACCUGAUGUGAACAGGGGCUCUUCGGUCCAGGUGGGCACCUAUCGUAUGGCGCUGUCCUACUUAGUGAGCCUGACCAAUGUGCAGGACCACGUCAAGAACUUCCGGCCACAGUGCCUAGUGCUAACUGGCCCCCCUAGCCAGCGUCCAGCCUUGGUGGAUUUUGUGGGUGCCCUCACCAAGAAAAUGAGUCUCAUGAUCUGUGGGAAUGUGGUCUUGGUGAGCGAAGAGCCCCAAGCCAUUCAAGAGUCUGAGAAUCAUGUCAACUGGUUAAAUGUCCGGAAGAUUCGUUCAUUCUAUACAGUCAUAUCUGCCCCCAGGCUACGGUCUGGGGCCCAGAGCCUCAUGCAGGUUGCAGGUUUGGGCCAACUGAAGCCCAAUUUGCUGGUUUUGGGAUAUAAGCAAAAUUGGCAGGAGGUGCAGAUAUCAGCUGUGGAAGACUAUGUCGGCAUUCUACAUGAUGCCUUGGACUACAACUAUGGUGUCUGCAUCUUAAGGAUGCCAGGGGGCUUAAGCCCGGCUACCCAACAUCAAGCUCAAGUAUCCUUACACCGGCAGCCUCAAACCCUGUUCCAGUCCAGGCAGGGCUGGCGGACAGUGGAUGUGUACUGGCUCAGUGACGACGGAGGGCUGACUAUGCUGAUCCCCUAUCUACUGACACACACACAAAAAUGGGCUCGAUGUCCUGUGCGAGUUUUUGUGAGCAGCCCCCGUGAGCAGCUAGAGGAUAAACACAAAGAGAUACAUUCCCUCCUCAGAAGGUUCAGCCUUGGCUUCCAACAUGUGACUGUACUACCUGAGCUCACGGGCAAACCUCAAGAGACAAGCCAAAAGGCUUUCGAAGACUUGGUGGCCUUACACUGGUUGCAGAAGCCACCACCAAAGGGGAACCUGGAAUCUACCUCUCUCAAUACUCCUGCUCCUUCAGGCUACAUCUCUGAGCAGGACCUGCAGGCAAACCAAAAGCAGUCAGAGUGGCACAUGUGUCUUCAUGAAGUCCUACGGCAAUAUUCCCAGGACGCUGCCCUCAUAGUCAUGAGCCUACCUCUGAUCCCUCGGUCAGCCUGCCCUGGGGCCCUCUACAUGACCUGGCUGGAGAUGCUGUCCAGGGGCCUCACAUCCCCCAUUGCCUUCAUUCAUGGAAAACAGCAGGACUUGCUGACCACGUACUGCCAGUAAGAGACUUAGGAGAGACUGAGCUAGGAGCAGGAGUCCACAAUUUAGGACUCAAGGAGCUAUGUCUCUUGGCUACAUAAACUUUGAGGCUAUCCUUGGAAAUCCUUAAGCAAGAGCCCAAAGCUCCCUGAGGAGAGAACUCCCCUACUAAGCAAUAUGAACUGGGGCUACAGUGCUAAAGA